CUAAGGAGGAGUGGGAGCAGAACAUCGAGCCAGGCUGUGUGCGCGCUGGAAGGAAGAGAGGGAGCUGCGUGUCAAUAAAUGCCCUGUUGAACUUUGAAUAUAUUAGUUGACAUCAGUGUGAGUGGGGCUGCCAGCCCCUGGCUCCCCCCCUCCCUCCUCCUCCCCCCCUCUCCCUGAUGGGAAGAGUGGAAGCGCUCCUGGUAGGAGCUGCCGGGCUGCUCUGGGGUGGAAGGCAGCGAGAGGAGGGACGGGGACAGGGACAGGGACGACUUCAGUCCCGAGAACUCGCCGCCGACCCCCGGGAUCUGGCCGGGAGCCUCGCGCGUGGGAGACCAGGGUGGCUGAGAAGCGGUGGACUUGUCUGAGCUGAUCCUGCAGAUCGAGAGCAAGAUGUGCAAGUGAGUUACUGCCCCCCCCCAUAGUUAUUACAGGAUAUUUCCCUGAGUGUGACUUUGAAUGUGACACACCAGUGAUGCAGAGGCAGUAUCCUCUCAGGGCCUACCUUGGAAGCUAGAUCUGCAGCAGGCCUCCAAUCAUGGUUGUAUCAAGAUUAAAGCGCAUUUCUCUGUCAUUGGCAAGCCUUUUCCUUCUCACUUUUCAUCUCUCAGCAUCACAGAAUGCACCCGAAUAUCCUGAAACUGAGCAACAGCAAUGCAUCAGAAGAGAACACCCCACCAUUGCUUUCGAAGAUCUGAAACCCUGGGUGUCGAAUUUCACCUAUCCAGGUGUACACGACUUUUCUCAGCUCGCACUGGAUGCCAACAGGAAUCAGCUCGUUGUGGGAGCAAGGAACUACCUCUUCAGACUUAGUCUACACAAUGUUUCUCUUAUCCAGGCAACAGAAUGGGGCUCAGAUGAAGACACUAGGAGGUCCUGUCAGAGUAAAGGAAAAACUGAGGAGGAAUGCCAGAACUAUGUGCGAGUGCUGAUUGUUUAUGGCAAGAAGGUUUUUACCUGCGGUACCAAUGCCUUCUCCCCAGUGUGUUCCAGUAGACAGGUAGGAAAUCUUAGUAAAACCAUUGACAAAAUAAAUGGAGUGGCUAGAUGCCCGUACGACCCUCGGCAUAACUCGACAGCUGUGAUUACAUCACGGGGAGAACUCUAUGCUGCAACUGUAAUUGAUUUCUCUGGACGGGAUCCUGCCAUUUACCGCAGCCUUGGAAAUGUUCCCCCACUACGGACUGCACAAUACAACUCCAAAUGGCUUAAUGAGCCCAACUUUAUUGCUGCCUAUGACAUUGGUUUGUUCACCUACUUCUUUUUCCGUGAGAAUGCGGUGGAACAUGAUUGUGGGAAAACUGUCUAUUCUCGCGUGGCCAGAGUUUGCAAAAACGACAUUGGGGGGAGAUUUUUGCUGGAGGACACGUGGACGACUUUUAUGAAGGCCAGGCUGAACUGCUCCCGCUCUGGAGAAAUCCCCUUCUAUUACAAUGAACUGCAAAGCACCUUCUAUCUUCCUGAGCAAGACCUGAUCUAUGGAGUCUUCACUACCAAUGUAAACAGUAUAGCUGCUUCAGCAGUAUGUGCCUUCAACCUCAGUGCCAUUACUCAGGCAUUUAAUGGCCCUUUCCGAUACCAGGAGAAUCCAAGAUCAGCCUGGCUGCCAACAAUAAACCCCAUCCCUAAUUUUCAGUGUGGGACGCUGAAUGACAACAGCCCUAACGAGAACCUGACCGAAAGGAUCCUGCAGGAUGCCCAGCGCUUGUUCCUGAUGAAUGACGUGGUUCAGCCAGUCUCCGUGGAGCCCUACGUCACUCAGGACAACAUUCGAUUUUCCAAACUGGUGGUUGACAUUGUUCAAGGAAAGGAUACUCUCUACCACGUGAUGUAUAUUGGCACAGAGUAUGGCACCAUUUUGAAGGCACUUUCUACCACUAAUAGGAGCCUGAGGAGUUGUUAUUUAGAGGAAAUGCAGAUUCUUCCCGACGGUCAACAGGAACCAAUCAAGAGCCUCCAAAUCCUGCAUAGUGACAGGUCACUAUUUGUGGGUUUAAAUAAUGGAGUGCUAAAAAUUCCUCUGGAGAGGUGUUCAGUGUACAGAACAGAAGGGGAAUGUCUAGGAGCCAGGGACCCAUACUGUGGCUGGGAUAACAAACAGAAACGAUGCACCACCAUUGAGGACAGCUCCAACAUGAGCCUAUGGACUCAGAAUAUUACUGAGUGCCCGGUGAAAAACCUGACGACAAAUGGGAGACUGGGGCCCUGGUCCCCGUGGCAACCAUGUGAGCAUUCGGAUGGGGACAGCACAGGCUCUUGUAUGUGCAGGUCACGGUCCUGUGACAGCCCUCGCCCUCGCUGCGGGGGUCGCGGCUGCGAAGGGGCCAGGAUCGAGAUUGCAAAUUGCUCAAGAAAUGGAGCUUGGACACCCUGGUCCGCCUGGGCCCAGUGCAGCACCUCCUGUGGGAUUGGCUUUCAGGUCCGUCAGAGAUCGUGCAGCAACCCUGCUCCGCGGUAUGGGGGCAGGGUCUGUGUGGGACAGAGCAGAGAAGAGCGAUUCUGCAACGAGAACAGUCCAUGCCCAUUACCAAUAUUUUGGUCUUCGUGGGGCCCCUGGAAUAAAUGUAGUGCGAAUUGUGGUGGAGGGAUACAUUCCAGGCAGAGGUCCUGCGAGAAUGGCAACACCUGCCCGGGCUGCGCUGUGGAAUACAAGACCUGCAAUCCAGAGGGCUGCCCAGAGGUGCGCAGAAACACGCCCUGGACCCCCUGGAUGCCCGUGAACCUCACCCAGAAUGGAGCCCGCCAAGAACAGCGCUUCCGCUACACCUGCCGCGCCCAGCUGGCUGAUCCUCACGAGCUGCAGUUUGGGAGGAAGAAGACGGAGAGUCGGUUCUGCCCCAAUGACGGCUCGGCGGUUUGUGAUACCGACUCUCUAGUUGACGAUCUUCUAAAGACUGGUAAGACCUCUGCACGGAUUAUCAAUGGGGGCUGGUCCUUUUGGGGGGCCUGGUCAUCGUGUUCCAGGGACUGUGAAUUGGGCUUUCGGAUCCGGAAGAGAACAUGCACAAACCCAGAGCCGAAAAAUGGUGGCCUCCCCUGCGUGGGGUCAGCAAUGGAAUACCAAGAUUGUAACCCACAUCCCUGCCCAGUAAAAGGUUCAUGGUCCUGCUGGACCCCUUGGUCUCAGUGUUCAGCAACUUGCGGGGGAGGACACUACCAGCGUACCCGCACCUGUACCAACCCAGCGCCGUCCAGCGGAGAGGAUAUCUGCAUUGGCCUGCACACCGAGGAGGCGCUCUGCAACACACACGCCUGCAAAGGUGGGUGGUCGGACUGGUCAGAGUGGAGCCUGUGCAACGAAGACGGGAUCCAGUAUCGCAGCCGUUACUGCGAGAUGCACAAUCCAGAAUCAUCCCAGUGCGUCGGAAACAGCACGCAGUACCAAGACUGCCUGUACAACGAGAUUCCCGUGAUCCUGCCGGCCUCGAGCAUUGAUGAGAGCACGAACUGUGGAGGGUUUAGUCUCAUCCAUCUGAUUGCCACCGGGGUCUCCUGCUUCUUUGGUUCCAGUCUCUUAACGUUUGUGAUCUAUGUGUACUGUCAGCGCUGUCAGCGGCAGUCCCAGGAAUCGACUAUUAUCCACCCAACCACUCCCAACCAUCUCCAUUACAAAGGCAACACAACCCCCAAGAAUGAAAAGUACACGCCCAUGGAAUUCAAGACGCUUAACAAGAACAACUUAAUACCUGAUGAGAGGACCAACUUCUAUCCCUUGCAGCAAACCAACGUGUACACUACAACCUAUUAUCCCAGUACACUGAAUAAAUAUGACUACAGGCCUGAGGCCUCCCCUGGAAGGACCUUUACCAACAGCUGAUGAUGGACAGACUGUCCAAGGACUGGAUCACUUCCUAUAUGAAUUGUUUUUUAAACUGAGUUUAUGGACCAAAUAUUGGCCCGGUCUCCAGAUGUAAAUAUUGUACAAGUAGGGCCUUUUUUUUUUCUUUUUGGUUAACUGUAUUACUUUUAAACAGCACAUCUCCUUAAGUUGACAGAAUGCUUAUGGACCAUGGACCAUUCUGCAUAGACUUUUGUGGAUAUUUGGCUGGUGAUGACACUUACUGCUGCAAAUAUUCAUGGCUGGAUGAUCAGUAUUUCUCUCUGAGGCCUGAAUUCCCGAGGAGCUGAUUGCAUGCUGUGCUAGGUUUCCACCAUGCUACACUCGUGUGUUCUAAGAAACAUUACAGGUAGCUCCUUAGAGCAAUGGAUGAUUGUACAGUGACUAGACAAUGGCGGUACAUUGAAUGACACUUCGUUCACAAGACAAGCUGCCUGAGACUCCAUCACGGUAGGAACUAGAACAGUUUUAGGUUUCCAGUGGUGUCUCCAGCAUCACUAGAAGAUUCCUUUCACAUUGCAGGAAAUAGCCUCCGCAGUCUCUUCUUUGGUAACAUCCAGUUCAACUGGGGAAAGGAAACACACAAAGUACUCUACCCAAAGAAGCAUUUCAGAAUAUUUCCAGUUUUAAUUAAAAGAAAAUGAUACAGGCAAUGAGAUGUUAAGUGAAGUAAAUGUUGGACUAAUGAGAUGUGGACUUUGCAUAACAACGAUGUGCUUACCACUGGAAAAAAUGUGAGGAGUGCUGUACAUGAGCCAUGAGCUUUCUUUGAAAUUACAUUUACUUUUUUUCCCUCCAAGCUUGAUCCUGUUCAUAUCUGCAAGGAAUGAUGACUGAUGGCCAGGCCCUCCUCUUGUGAAAUCACUAGGCUUGGGGCUCAUUCUUAUUUUAUUAUUAUUUUUUUAGUUCACUUAUUUUUUGAAGAGUAAGAAAUUCUGAAUUUUUGGCACGGUAUUUUUCUAAGGAAUGUAUUCAUAGCAUACCAUGACGCAGAAAGUCUGCUGCACAUUCUUAGUGUCUUCCAGUCAGUACGCCAUCAAAUAAUUAUACAGCUGAAUAAUGUGCAUUGUUUGCCAAUAUUUCUUUAGAUUUCUCAGCUAGAAACAAACAAAAAAACCCAACCUUGUUACAGUUAUUAAAUGGGGACUGUAGCGUUAUUAAACAUUAUAUCCAGCCUUGAAAUGUAAUUUUGUGUAUGUGUGUGCCUGUGUCCAGCAGAACUGUAUUAGACUGUUGCAGAAGCCAUGGUGUGUACAACCAGAUAUGUAUGUCUGACAUUGUUUUGUUUUGGCCAAACAGUAUCGCCAGUGCUUAAUGGACAGUUCCAUCAAAUGUGUUAGCAAAGUGAGCAAGUUUGACACUGUUAGUAUUGAAUGUUUCUAACUAUUUAUAAUGAACUCCUGAGGCUAAGACUUUUAGAAUGCCACAAUACUGAGCAUGAGAUAAGAGUACAAACCUAAACACCCAUGAGCUCCAAGUAGCUCCAGAACUUGAAUUCUUUGUAUGCAUCUUACUGUAGCAAUUGCCAUGUUUGUUUUCAGUCAUUGACUGGGAUGCGUUUGAAGCAGUUUGGGUUGUAUUGGUUACAUAGGAGAGAUUUCACUGAAAGCCAGCACUCAGCUAGUUUCUCAUUGCUGUCAUUCACGGACACUUGUUUGGAAGGUGGGGCUGAGAUGGAGCUGGUCAUUGCACACAUACCCAUCCACAGAGCUGAGACGAGGCUUUGCUGCUCAUGACUCAAAAUGUACAGCUCUCCUAAGGGUGAGGCAGAGCAGAGGUGGACUCUGUAACCUGGUCUUAAAGUGUGGGACCAAAAGCAGGAGAACAAAGUAACCUGUUUCUAAACUAGUUGAACCCUAACCUAUGGUAGUGAUCUAUAGCUGUAAGGAGAUUUAUUAUAAAAUUUUGUGAGUGAGGGUCUUAGAGUAGCUCAAUGACUCCCAACCUUUUCUGGCAACUGUACCAGUUUAGCAGGCUGAUCCAGGUUCUGCUUCCAGUGAUCCCAGUGUAAAUUGGGAAAAACCCCAUUUAAAAAAAUUACUCUGGAUUUAUACAGCGGUAUGACCAAAAGCAGAUUCUGGCCCUAAGAGUUUGGCUGUACUAGUUUCUUCAACUUAUUCAGCUAGAUCAAAAGAGGCAGGCACUGGUCACAAAAGUCCCAUUGAUUUUCAGUGGGUGUUAGGUACCUAAAUCCCAAGCUAAAGUUACAGGACUGGUGCAGAGCCCUCCUGGCUGACAACUGUUGCACUAGACAUCUCUAAUGUCAGCAGUUCUAAAGAAACUGGCGCCCAAGAUCACUGUAGACAUUACAAGCUAAAGUCAUUUCUUAGCUUCCAUUACAGGUGGUUCCCUGUGUCGGAGAGUUAUACGGUUAUUGUUUAUUUGGCAGGAUUACAGCUGCAAUUCUUAGAGGUGCAAGCGAGUUAAACCUUGCAGUUAUUUUAAUUUUUUUUUUUUUGGUAGCUCAAACAUUUCCAUUUGCGCAAAAAAAAAAAAAAAAAAAGCCAUGUAAGAGCUGAAAUUAUUUAGUUUUUCAACUCCGUGAGCAAGAUCACUGCUUUCAUUGUGCUUAACAGGUGCAUAUAUUAUAGUGUGUAUGGGCAAUGGGGUAGGUUAUAUUUUCAUCAAGACAUUUCAGAGUCAUUCUUAUUAGCCAUCUGAAUGGCUUCAUGAAAUUGGCAAUCACAGCGAGAAUCUGUGGACUCCAUUCAAGCAGAAAGUAGAAGCACGGGGAGGAGGAACUCUGAACUCUUAGUACUCAAUUAAUGUUUGUGUGAGAGUGCAGUUCUUUAAGGGCAAUGUUAAUGUGAUGUGAGGGUUGAAUUCCUUCUGCGCUCCUCCGUGCGGCCCAGGUUAAUGACACAAUAUACAAUGAUAGUCUUGUGUUUCUGUUUGGUUCUAGCAGGUAAAUUGGCAGCAGACCAUCAGAUCUGUAAUAGCCAUAGGAGAUUGAAUUGCUUCUGCAGCCUGAUGUUAAACUGCUUAAAUUUCCCAUUCUUAAGGUCAUCUAAACGUAUGCACAGUGUGUUGGAAAUACCAUUGCUCUAGCACCCAAGGUUUCUAACAGCAGCUUUGGCUUUUUUUUUUUUUAACUUUUGUUUUUUUCUAAAAUGCUGAUCAGUUAUUCAGCAAGAAAUUGGGUUGACCUUGCAGCCUUCGCUCACUGCAAAUAUUCUGGAAUAGGAUUCAGCUGUACAGCAUGUUGAAAGCAGUAAGUGUCUUGCACCCAAAUGGGUAGGGGGUAGCGUUUAACAAGGUCGUUCUUUUUCCACCUCCAUAUGAAGAGAUGCACGACUCCCUUGCGCUAAAGGUUGCAUGUAUGGAGUGAACUAUGCCCCAUUGUAAAACUGCUAUUGCACUUCACUGGAUUGAGGUGCCAGUUAUAAACAUGCCACCCCUUUAUAACUUGCAGCUGCCUCCAAUAGACAAGACCCCCAAAGGUAAAAUACCUGGAGAAAGGGGCGCUGUUGUCUAAAGAGGCACUUGUGAAUGUUUGUAAAUAUGAGCCACUCGCUCUUCUUAAACAUAUGAAAUGUACAAAUACCAGAAAAGAAUGUGUAUGGAGUAAUGACUGCUAUUCUUAAUGCCUUAUUUUGAGAAAAUGAAAUAGAAGUUAUAUUGAAAUCAAGGUAGAGAGUGGGAAUGGAGUCCAUUAAAUGCCAGAUGUGGUAAAGAUGAUUAGGAAACCUCCAAUGAUUAGUCUAAGAUAAGCCCACGUGAAGAUGAAAUUGCUGUCCACACAGCUCAGUGUAUUCUUUGUACCAAAUGUCAGAUUUUUUUUAUACAUAUAAAAUGUAAAUUUAAAGUUUAUGUAACAAAUUUAAUAGUGUGCAUAGCUAUCAGCAGAUAUCUAGGGUAUAUAUUUAUAAUAUAUACACACACUCUGUCUCCAUCCAUUCAAAUACCUACAGAGAAAAUUUAGACUUAGAAAGGCAGUGCUAGUGUUCAAAUUCCAUAGGGAAAGACUGAAAAUAAGGAUUAAGAAACCCCAUGAUCUUUUAAUUAGAUAUAGCAAAAUACAUUUUAUAAUAAUUUUUAAAAAAUUGAAAAUAAAAUUGAUUUGUUGUAGUUACAAAUGCCCAUUCUCCACAAAACAUUUGGCUAAGAAUAACUAAGUAAACAAUUUUUGUAGCCCAGUGGUGCCACCGGACUCCUUGUUGUUUUUGUGGCUAUGCAGACUAACAUGGCUACCCCCUAAUUUUUGUAGCCACUCAGUGGAUGACUAAUCAACCUGAGGCAGCUCUGUGUAUCACUCUUGAAUUCAACUACAAGUAGAGACUAAUUAUGCAAACAAAGUAGCAGGUUAGAACAACAAAUGGAAAGUAAAAAAUGUCAAACUGGAUCUGGAAGAAAUUUUCACUUGCAUGUUGAAGAGCUUUGCAGUUGAGUGGCAGCAUAAUAGUUUUAAUAACCAUUUCCACACAAGACUGUUGUCAUACAACUUAAGAGCUAGAUUCUGCCACCUCCUAGGUUGUGAUUUUCAAGUGGGCCUGAUAGAGCAAUAGGAGAAGAUGUAGCUAAUGCCUUUGGGCACCUUUAUAAUCCCCAGCCUUGUCUUCUAGAUUAACCCUCACCCAGGGACAUCAGUGGGACUCCCUGAAUAUCAGGCAUGCUCCAGCACCCACUGGAGUGAUGGGAACAUUGAUUUCAAGGAGUGUAGAGUAAGGACUAUACCCAUCUGAGCAGUGGAUUUGGCCCUAGCUAAAGGGGUUGUUUUUAUAGCUCAGUGAAUUCUCAAAUGAGAACAGCUUCGGAUAGGUAAAUCCCUCAUUUAAGCCAGUUAAAAGAAAACGUCAGAUAAGCACUGGCCGAGUUGGAUGCUGUCUGUAGCACUGGAGCCUUCAAAACUGCACAAGGAAACUACCAAAAGCAAGCCUUCAUGGAGAAUCCGGUAUCUUAAUUCUCAUGGUCACAACAUUGUAAGGUAGAGCCUUUCUUGAAGUUUUAACUGCAAUUCUGGUUCCCAGCUGCAGAAGACCUAUUCUCAUCAUUGUAAGCAGUGGUGUUUCCUUCUAGAACUUGAUUCCUCAUCCCAGCCCUAUCCAGUAUUUAUUUUUUCCAAACACAUUGGCCCUGACAGCGUGAAUAGUUACAUGCUAUAAAGACAGCACUGAGCUUUUGAAUUCCUAGUAUAAAUAGUUUUGAAAUAAAAAUACCACUACUCCUUUAUUACACUGAAACCUUAGUGGGAUUGGGAUGCUGUGUACCAUACAGGCCACAGCAUGAGGGAGAGGACAGUGUGUCUAAUAACUGAAGCAAAAGGGCUUUUAGUAGAAAUAUGGCAAAACAUUGGGGAAAAAAGCCACCCAGCUGCAUGAUCUUGUGGGUUUCAUCUACAUGCAACUCAUCUCUAAUAACAUCUGCAUAUAUUUUGAACAGAUGAGCAAAUUAAUCAGAAACAACCUUUGUCACAGAGGGUAAGUACGUUAGCUAGGACUUAAGCAGGGGUGAGGAGGGAGUGACAGAGGCAAUGCCGGAUCUUUGAAACACAGGAAAUUGUUAGUAGAAAACAGUAUAUUUACUCUAAAAAAGGAAAAUCUGGCAAGUAUUAGUGGACUCUUAGUGUAAAGGCACAUCACCCUUCCUAUGCAAUUGAACACGAUGGUACUAUUGGUAUAUAAAGGUGACCUAGACUGUAAUCACUGCCUUUAGACACUGUGAAUUUUUUUGGGGUACUCUGUAUUUUUAUAUAUUGUACAAUGUAAAGAGUAAUUCAGAAAUAAAACAGAACCACCUGGA